AUGCUGGAAGACCAAGAGAGGGAGUUUCGUCAAGCUUGUGCCCAGGACGAGGUGUUGACGGCGAGAGAGCACCUAGGGCGCGGCUCGGAGUAUCUGGGCGACCUUCCUCAGGUUGUGUCUCAGAAAGGACUUUCUAUGAUCACGCGGGAGUACCGCAAGGCACUCAAAGGCAUCCCAAGCCCAUCUAAUCCGUGGCCGGAUGCCAUUACGACAUGCAACGACGAUUGCAAUGUGUCUAUCGAGCUCGGGAUCCCUUGCCAUCACACACUCUAUCGGAAGCUCACGACCACCGUGCCUCUGACUAAGUGGGAUAUCCACCCGCGGUGGCAUCUACGAGAGCCUGUAAGCCGCGACGUAUACCGCCGCAUACUGGACCCAAAGAUUGCCACCAAUCUUCGUGGACGGCCCAAAAACAAGCCCCAGCCUGUACCAGCCAGUAUGGCAGUUGGGGCCAGCAGCCAAACUGCGGGCCGUCGAGUAUCUAGCACUCAGUCUCGCAGCAGUCGGCCACAGCGCGCUGGCUCCCCGUCCAACGCGAUCCAGACAUCAAAGGGUCAGCCAGGCCAAGGAAGGACACUACCUCUCAGGUCUGGGAAGACGACUGGAAAAGACCUCGAAGGCCUGCCCUUUGAGGUACCCGGAAUUGCCCUCGCAAUCACAUUUUGCUUCCGAACCAGCUUCAGAGUCAACCACAUUACUGGCUUCAACCGUAAAUUCAAAGGGGGUCCCGAACUCGAAUUCCAUGACGGCCGUAGCACUAUCUCACCCUAUUGCUACAGCUGCGCCACGGCUGCCCACGUCACCUGUUCCUAUGCCCACGCGUUCGCACAGUCCGCAUCCAUGUUCACCGCCCAGCUAUGA